AUAUGGCGGACUCGGACAGUAGCGAAAACUUUGAGGUGGCGCAUAUCAUUAAACAGCGAAGGAAUAAGAGAGGGAAGCUUGAAUACCUCGUCCGAUGGAGAAACUACGGAAGCAGUGAUGAUUCGUGGGAACCUGUGGAGAACCUCCGCAACUGCACAGAUGUCUUGGAUGCCUUCAACGAUCGCAUCAUGCGGGAGAAGGGUCUCUUCCCUAAGUCGUCCCCAUCACACCAUAAAUCAAGGAGUGGGAAGACUUACAGCAAGGAUCGCUCCAAACGGAAGUUACACUCUAAAAAGACCCCGAAGGAAUCCAAAUCAAAGACUUCCUUGGAUGGACUAAUGACACUCAAAAGAGAACGCCCCCAAGAUGAGUUUAAGAUUGAAAUUAAGAACGAAACGAAUUUAUUGAAUGGAAAUGGUAUACCUCUGGACGGUAUAGUGCCGCUAGAACCAUCUCCUUCUUCGUUAUCAUCAACGUCGGAGGUUAAGACGAAUGUCUCGCCAAUUAUUGUGAGGAAAUUUCACCGUGCUAGAUCGAUGUCGUGUAUGCCGUACGAUACCUCAGUGAAGACUGAUUUUAUGAAUGGAGACGGCCAUGAUGACAGGAAGAGGAGGAGAGUCAACAGCCUUCGUGUUGACAACGGAGAUAUUACAGAGAAAUCAGUAAACUCGCCGACAACCACACCUCCCAGCACCCCAACAAACGGUGACUCCAGGCUCACGUUCGUCCCAUUGUUGACCCCCGUUAUCAAGCUCCACGACUUCACCAACGGGAAUCACAUCAAGCUACCAUCACCAAAGUCUCUCCUCUCUACAGAGAAGUUCCUCAGGGCCAAACUGAAGCAGAAACAACAGGAUGUAGCGGACAGGUUUAGCGGCGAAAUGUUGCUGCGACGGGUUUCACAGUCGAGUCUCAGCAGUGAGGAGGACGAAGGAGAGAGGAGGUUCAGUCUGAGACAAAGCGACAAUCUGUUUAAAUAUAAGGAAGUGUGUGUGAGGAAGUACCCGGAGUACACACAGGUCUGGUUCUUCACCAACUCCCAUUCCAGAAACGCCCUCAACAUCAAGGCUCUGCAGGAGUUGACCAAUAUCUUGGAUAAAUCGGCCAAGGAUGAGACAAGGGUCCUCUUGCUGACGGGGUCAGGGAACGUCUUCUGCUCAGGGUUGGAUCUUCAGAUGUUGGUUACAACGGACCACAAGAAAAAAGUGGCUCGGAAGCUGGCAGAGGCACUCAGGGUAUUCAUCAAUGCCAUGAUCAACUUUCCCAAAGUGAUCGUGGCGGCCGUCAACGGGACUGCCGUGGGUCUUGGGGCUGCUAUCCUCCCCUUGUGUGACAUUGUCUACAGCAGCGACAAGUCAGAGUUUCAUCUUCCAUACGCAUCACUCGGCCAGCCACCCGAGGCCUGCUCCUCUUUCACCUUUCCCAAUGCCAUGGGUCUUCCAGUGGCAUGCGACCUCUUGUACAGUGGCCGCAGAAUGACUGCCUUAGAAGCAUGUGCCUCGGGUCUGGUCUCCCAGGUACUCUGGCCGAAUAGCUUCAUGAGAGAGGUCAUCCCAAGGGUCAAGGUCAUUUCUGGGAAUUCGGUUAAGGGUAUCCAAAUGACAAAGUCGCUCGUCAGAAGUCACUUGAAAUCCAAGCUGGAGUUUACCAAUGAGAGUGAAUGCGCCGCUCUUCAGGAGAGGUGGGGAACUUCCGAGUGCAACAGGCUCAUCAGGAAACAUCUAGAGCUCACGUGAAUUUUAGUGUGUUGAAGAAAAAGGGAUGUUAAUUUGAGUGUAUAGUGAUACAAACACAAACAUCCGUUAAAUUUUAAAGGAGUGAAACCUUCUGAACAACAUCUGUUAUAGUGGAAGAAAGUGGAUCAAAAAAGUUGGAGGCAUUUAGAUGAGUUCAGACAAUGGAAGGGCUUCUGGGCUUGUUAUCUUAAUCAGGAAGCUAGCAAGAUCCUAAACAGAUGAAAGGGUUGACUUCUCGAUGAAAGCGAACAAUUUUUUACCCAGCGAGGUUUCAAACUUGAAAAGAGUUUGAAAGAAAUAAUGAUAUCGUCAAAAAACGGUCAUUCUGAAGACAUCAGUAAAGAUUCUACUCCUGAGAAAGAUGAGAGGGCUGCACCUUUAAGGAGUUGUGGUCCUGAACAAGACUUUAGUGUUAAUAACUCGACAGCUUUCUUCUGAAGACCAUCGGAGCAUACUGAUCGAAAUGUUGAGUUGUUACUCCAUCGUUGAUAUUCAUCGAAAGGAUGUUACUGCAAAUCUCACUAGAAGAUUACUUUGAAACUAUAAUAUACUUUGUUAUUAUUUUGGCAGUAUAAAAAGCUACCAUAUGGCCAGUAAUAUUUAAAUAUUUAUGUUUAUUGUGGAACAGAUUAAUCGAGCAAGGUGUUACUGCCAGAAGACUCCAGUGGCGCUAGAAGGCAGUUGCAUCCAUGUACAGUUCUGAUAAAACUUGUGGACAUUUCAAUUUUGUAUGUUCUUGAAUAUUUGGAAUGGUCACAAUCUUUUCAGAAAAAGAUUGUACAUUCUCUGAAAAUGAAAGGUAUGGGCAUUUUGUAUAAAAAAUAUAUCGUUGGCUCAGUGCUAUUAGGUCGAUAAUUGAAAUAUCAUUCUCAUAAUAAUCAAAAGGUUGUUGAGUGUAAAAUACGUAUACAUUUUUAAAAUGAAUCAAAAUCCACAAUUUUUUCGUAGAAACCAAAUGUUUCUUUGUAAACAGUGUAGUGUGCAUAUUGGGACAGCGUAGCAUUUACACGUUUAUGAGUUGUCGCCCAUAAUGGUAUGAGCGUGGCAGCAGUAGCCACCUGUGACAUUUGUGCAAGGAGUCACGCCCCUUUCACACAAUUAGCAAUGGUCCCUUGCUAAAUUGUAUCAUGGUUGUAAAAAUGUGAAGGCUAUAGUAAACCAGGGCAACAGCACCAAAUACAAAGCACACUAGUCGUCACUAGUCGUCAGCUAAACAGAAAUGAGAAGGAUACCAGUCGCUCAUGGUGCAUGUGACAUGGUAGUUUGGCAGGUAACCAUAUUUAAGUAAGCAUAAUGUUGUACACAAAACCUUUUUGUACUACAGAAGCUCUAUGAUAUUGGACACAGAUGUGCAAUAGUUGUCGAGCACUGAAUACUUUGACCGCACAAUCUAAUGACGUCUCUAACUUUGAAGUCUCUAACACCCUUUUCAGACAGGCACUUUUUGUUUCAGACAGGCGAACUUAAUCUAACAUUCAUAAAUACCUCAGACAGUUUUGC